AAAGUUUUUAAAAAAAAAUAGGUAUUUGGUUGUUCACGCCGAUAUGCCUUGAUUGUAAUUGAAAUUUGAAAGUGCGAUUCCUUAACAUCGAUUUUCUUCAAUCUUACACUUCAAGGAUUUGCUAUGAAUUCAAAGAUGUGAUUAUGUGAAGAAGGCUUGAGUGAAGACUUCAAGAGAUACAAGCUGGAAUCAUCUUUAUUGAUCUGAGAGUUAUCAAUGGGCGCUAUAUUGAGUGUAAAUAAAUCAAGGAGUGUAGCUAGUGAGAUUUUUGAAGUAUCACAGAGUGAAACUUGCAAGAGACAGAAGUUGUCACCAAUUUCUUGUGAGGGAAGUCCGAGAUUGAUUCCCAGUCUUCCUGAUGAGAUAUCAAUUCAGAUCCUUGCCAGACUUCCUAGGAUUUGUUACUUGAAAAUGAAAUUAGUUUCUCGGGCUUGGAAAGCAGCCAUUGUAAGUGCUGAACUGUUCAGUGUGAGAAAAGAACUUGGAUCAACUGAGGAGUGGCUCUAUAUAUUAAUGAAAGUUGAAGAUGAAAAAUUUUUAUGGUAUGCCUUGGAUCCAUUGUCCCGAAGAUGGCAAAGGUUGCCUACAAUGCCUGGUGUUUCAUUUGAAGAUGAGUCCAGGAAGGGUUUGGCUGCACUUCGAAUGUGGAAUGUGGUGGGCUCGAGUAUCAAAAUUGCAGAUACUGUAAGGGGUUGGCUUGGAAAGAAGGGGACACUGGACCCGUUACCUUUUCAUGGCAGUGCUGUUGGAGCUAUUAAUGGCUCCCUCUAUGUGUUAGGCGGACUUUCUAAAGCUUCAGCCAUGAGAUGUGUGUGGCAGUAUAAUCCAAUACUAAAUGCUUGGAGUGAGAUGAGUCCAAUGUCCAUAGGUAGAGCCUUUUGUAAGACAGGAAUCUUAAACAACAAGCUUUAUGCUGUUGGAGGAGUUACUAAAGGCCGUGGUGGACUGACCUCUCUCCAGUCUGCUGAGGUGUUUGAUCCUCGUACUGGUGUGUGGUCUGGAAUUCCAAGCAUGCCUUUUUCCAAGGCUCAGGUGCUGCCUACUGCUUUUCUAGCAGAUUUGCUCAAGCCCAUUGCAACAGGGAUGACGUCAUACAGAGGAAGGUUAUUUGUGACGCAGAGCUUAUAUUGCUGGCCCUUUUUUGUUGAUGUUGGAGGAGAGGUUUAUGAUGCAGAGUCGAAUUCAUGGGAUGAUAUGCCAACUGGCAUGGGUGAGGGUUGGCCAGUAAAGCAGGCUGGAACAAAACUGAGUGUUACAGUCGAAGGUGAGCUGUAUGCACUUGAACCAACUAGUUCCAUUGACAGUGCUAGAGUCAAGGUGUAUGAUUACCAAAACGAUACCUGGAAAGUUUUGCUUGGAGAUAUUCCUAUUAGUGACACUAGUAAUUCAGAAUCUUCCUAUUUACUUGCUGGCUUACUUGGAGAGCUACAUGUAAUAACUAAAGAUGCCAACAACAAUAUAACAGUUCUACAAGUGGAUGUACGGAGUCAUUUAGCUUCCUCCUCAUCAUCUUCACCAUUUCCUUUUGAUGACUCCUUCAAGGAGGAGGGUGAGUCUGCAGCAAAACCAGAAGCAUGUCUUUGGAGGGUGAUUGCCACUAGAAAUGGCAGCUCUGCUGAUCUGGUUAGUUGCCAGACCCUUGAUCUUUAGUUCUGUUUGUAUGUUCUGUAAUUGAUUGUUAUGAUGUAUUUGUUGAUUAUUCUUAUUAUUAUAAAGAGGCACUACUUGAAAUGAAAAAGAGAGAAAGAAGUAUUGGAAAUCUAUGAUGUGAUACAGAGCUGAAUGAUGAAAACAGAUCCACAUAAGUGGGCCAACUAGUUUGGGAUCACUUAGUUUUGUGUUGUUGUUGAUAUGACAUGAUUCAUGAUAUAUAGGCACGUCAAAACAAUUCAUGUCCUUUUGUGGGAUUCCCCUUGUUUGGAAUAAAUCAUUUGUAAGAAAAGAAUUCAAUUGAAUUCUUAUACAAUUAUCCA